AGGUGGGUUUGAUAACUAAGCUCAACAGUUUUGAUAUGAUAUGAUUAUGAUUUUGAUUGUGAUAUCCAUGAUAGGAAGUAUUCGUCUCAAGUACCGCCGUGGAAUGAAAGCUGUCGGUAUGUAGGUUAGGUAAGGUUAAAAUGUAUGGACUAUGGAAAAGUAUAAAGGACAAAGACGGUGAAGGUAUCUCAUGACUCUUUUUCUCUUUCUCUUCUUAUUCUUCCUCUUACUCUUACUCAAUAUAUCUUUCUCAAUUGGAAUCUGAUAUCUUGGCUUUAUAUUGUCUAUCCACCUACUUAUACUUAUUUCCUCUGAUAUUCACUCUCGAGUCAUUGUACUCCCUCUCUCGUAUUCCAAUCCUAUAAGCAUCUGCAUCUUCAUCUGCAUCUUUCACCAGAUUCUCUCAUUGGUUAUACCUACCUACCUACAUAUAAAUCCACGUUCCAGCGAACAAACGCUCUCAAGAUUCCUCGUGUAACCACACUCUGAUCAUCUUAUCUGCCGAUACUCCGCAUUUCUCCAUCGAUAUACAUACGACGGGACUUUCAGCUCUUUUAUAUCUUCCCUUCACACUAUCAAAAACUCAAUUCAUCAAAUUAUAAUCGUCAAUUUAUCUUAUCUCUCACCUCACCCCAUCUCAUCAAUAUGUCUCGAGUUACUCCUCCCGUUACAAAAUUCACACUUGUGUUGAAGAAAUGUAUGAGUACUACUUCGACUGUCGCAAGUCCUAGUGCACAAUUGAAAACUAAGAGUGCUAUCAAAACUGAUCUCAUCUCCAACCUCUCCCAUGAACGUACAAUCACCACCACCCAUCGCCCAUCUCCCCCCUCUAUCAAAACCAUCCGUCUCAUGCAAGGAUUCCGCACCAGCGCCGCUCGUCCCGUCGCUUCCCCUUCCACCCUCGACUAUCUCGUUCUUCCUCGUCUUCCCGUUGAAGAACCUCUCAAUGCAUUUACUGUCCGAGUCCCCAUUCUCCCAGAUAACUACUAUGCCUCUCAACCGAUUAAGGAAUCAAUCGAUACCGCGAUUCCUAAACAGGAAGUUCAUAUCGUGAGUGCACAGCCGGAAGAGGUGGUUGCAAAGGUUAAUGUGUUAACGGAGAUGGUGGGUAACGAGGCGGAGAGUGCGGUGGAUUUGGGACAGUGGGUUGAGGGAGUAAGAAAGAGAGGAGAGGAGAUGAGAGAGAGAUUUGUAGGAAGAGAUAGCGAACAGAGUGUUUUGAGGGAAUUGUGGAUGAGUCUCCGCGAGGAUGUGUGGGGUGAGAAGAAAGUCGCCGUUUAGGUUUCUGUGUAGGAGAUGCUGGGGAGUUUUGAUUUGAUGGAGCGAUGGAUUGAUUGAUUGAUAGAUGGGUAUAGAUGGAAGGGGGGGACUCGCUCGCUACGCUUAGCUAGAGCUAGAGAUCCUUGAUGACGUUAUGAUUUUUCUUUUCCUUUCUGCUCUCGAGUUACGUAGGUAGUUCGUGACUUGAUUUGGUUUUGGGGUGUCUAUCUUUUACUUUCUUGCUUGCUUGCUUGCUUUGAGUUGUCUUUGUCAUUGUCAUUGUCUUUUGCUGAAGGUGAAGGAUGGGGCAUUUGGAGGAUCUCGUGGUUGGGGAUUCCAUGUUACUUAGUUUUUUUAUUAAUUGAAUGUUAAGACACCUUUUUACCUACUUGUUUAUUGAUUUACUAUCAUUUUGUUAUCUUUUUUUAUGAUAUCUUUUUAUGGCAGUGAA